UUUCCAAACACUCUACUGGGUUGCAAAUCAAAGCGUGAGCGCUACUACAUGCAGGACACGAACGAGUACUUCUUUGAUCGGCACAGAUCCACCAUUAUUCGUUUUUGCAGGUUUGAAUCAAUUCUGUACAUCUACCAGAGUGGCGGUCGUGUAAAGCGGCCUGAAUCUGUGCCUAUCGACAUUUUUCUCAGAGAAAUGCGAUUUUUUCAGAUGGGAGAGCAAUUGAUUGAGGAAUUUUGGAUAGCUGAAGGUUACGAGAAACCUGAGGAGGCUAUUCUCCCAAAAAAUUUAUCUCAACGAAGAUUAUGGGAACUAAUGGAGUACCCGGACAGUUCCCUUGCUGCUCGGAUCAUCGCUUUCAUAUCAGUUUUCGUAAUCGUAAUCUCAAUAGUGUCCUUUUGCUGGGAGACGGUACCAUCCGGAGACGUACGCGACACAAAUGGAACAUCUGGUGUGUCGCCGGAUAAGGAUGAAGGCAAGCUGGUCUGGAAUCCGUUCUUCUGGUUGGAACUCGUCUGUAUUGUAUGGUUCACUAUUGGAAGUGGAACACCCUCUAUAUCCUCUCGGGACCUCGUGACUGCCCAACGACUCCUGAUUGUCCCGCCGUAUGUCGAUUGUGGGGCCGACGCAAACAAGUCGAGUGGAUCGAUGUCUUUCGCAGUGCUUCGAGUUCUUCGGCUUGUACGAGUGUUUCGAAUAUUCAAGCUGAGCAGACAUUCAGCCGGUCUGCAGAUUCUCGGUAAGACGUUUCGGGCGUCGGUACAGGAGUUCUGUUUGCUCAUUUUCUUCAUGGCAAUAGCUUUGGUGCUAUUCUCAUCAGGGAUGUAUUUUGCCGAACAGGGAGAGGCGAAUUCGAAAUUCACCUCGAUACCAGCCUCCUUCUGGUUUGUAUUGGUGACCAUGACAACUGUCGGAUAUGGCGACCUCGUCCCAUUGAGCACUCAAGGCAAAAUUGUUGGCUCAAUGUGCGCCUUAAUCGGAGUGCUCACCCUGGCACUACCUGUUCCCAUCAUUGUGGCCAACUUCAAACAUUUCUAUCGACAAGAGAAUCGGCUGGCAACGAUGCGCAGCGCCGGUAAAGAUUUGGAGACUGCGGAAAGUGUUGAUGACAGCUGA